AUGCAUUCACUCAAUGCAAAUCCCAUUGGGAUGAGGUCAGCUAGAUGUGUCUCGCAUUCACUCAAGGUUAUCAUUAUUCAGAUCCCUGUGCCAUCCUGGUAUGGCUGGCAGUACGAGAGUCCUGGUAUACAGGUACAAAGCGGACCAAAUCAACUGCUUACAGCAACCAGUAGUUGUGCGGUUACGGUAAUUGCGAACAACUUCGAUAGCUCAACCCAUCAGGGAGACUCAUUUCUCGUUUUGCCUGUAUCAUGGGCAAAAGCCGGCUCGGUUUUCUCGUUCACGCUCCCUCCGGCUGCUAAUGAACAGCAGAAUCCAGGAUACCAGCACAUCACCAUCAUUCCCACAGUAAGAGACGUCAAUGGCACGUUGACUGUGAUGGGUAGCAACCCUCUGCCGUUUUCGGCAUUUGUCGGAGAUCAGCCAACUACUUAUUUUGCCAAGAAGACCCCACAGAACGAUCCACACACCUAUCACAUUGAAGCUGAUGGACCUAUUUUGCUUCUUGCUGGUGUAACUUGUGCUGGAAACUAUCUUGCAUGCGAUCACGCUGCCUUUAUGCCUCAUCCAUUACCAACUGCAGGCAAGUCUUUCACAUUUCAAAGUUCAACGAAUUUCGGCCUUUUAUCAGUUUUGCACGAUUUCCUUGUUACGAGAGGCCAUACCUGGAUGAUGACCAUCCUGCUGCUCGAGCAAACGGUUUUUACCUGGACGUACCCAGCAGUUGUUCUUCAACCCAAAAUGUAUGAUUUCAAAAGAAAGGUUUCAAGGUUACGUUAA